UCUUCGUUUAGAAGAAGUGAUCACAUACAAAGAGAUGCUAUACUGCACUUCAGUAAUCCACACGCACACAAACACACACACACACACACACACACACACACACACACACACAUCUUCCUCCCAACACACACACGCACACACUCACACAUAGGAGGAAGUGUCUACAAUCGCUACAUCUCUGAGUCAGACACACUGACUGGACUCAGACCAGUGUAGACACUGUGAGAAUACCAGGGAAAAACAUGGAAUAAAGGAAUGCCAACAGGGGAUUAAAGUUAAAGAAAAUGAAAGGUUCCCAUGGAGUUGCUAAACUCUUGAAAAUACUUCCUUCCUGAAAACCUGCUAGCAUCCCACUCCAGCCAGGAUGAUGCCUGUGAGGAUGCUGUUAGUGUCAGUGCUUCCUCUGCUGGUGCAGAGCUCAGAGAUCCAGCAGGGCUCUUUUCACAGUACAACCCAAGAUAUGCCUCCUGCGUUGGACUCCGUGGAGUGCUACAAUGACUACACAAGCCACAUACGCUGCACUUGGGAGGAGUACCCACAUGGAAAUUCAAAUUUGGUGGUAGAAGGAAGCAAGUGGGAGGAUAUUAAGGAAUGUGGACCAGAUGGUCCAGCUGUGCGGUUGUCCAAUGGGAAGCUCCACCGUAGCUGUGUCUACAAAACCCGCAUAUUUUCCUUAAACAGUCGAACUUUCUACUUGAACACAACCUGUGCACCCAAGACGACAACUCUUAAUAUAGCUCAGCAUGGAAAAGUCUUAAGCCCAGUAAAUCUAACUGUAAAAGAAGUCAAAGGCGAAGGGAGGAUAUUGAGUUGGAACAGCGCCUACUCUGCUUCAUCAAAUCUCUCACACACACUCACCUACCAACUCAAAUAUAAGAGACAUGGACAUGACUGGACUGUGCUGGAUAAUAUAACUGCCACACAGAUGCUGAUAAAGGAACAGGAGCUGGUGGCUGCAUACUCGUAUGAGGCCAGAGUUCGGGCUCGGGGUCCAGUAGGCCUGUGGAGCGACUGGAGCACCCCUGUGUCAUGGGUCACUGAAGAAGAAGGAGUUUUUAACCUGCAGUGUGUAAUAGAGGAAAGGGGCGUGUCCUGUAGCUGGCGGGUAAAGAGGGAGCAUGCCCAGUUCCUGUCGUAUCACCUGUGCGGACAAACCAGUGAAUCCAAUCAGUUUUGUCAGCACUGUGUCAGCCACACCAAACGGCCAGACCAUGCUGUGCUGGAUUAUACUUGUUCAGUCGACAGUCCUGAACCAGAGCGUCUGACCGUGGAACUGAAAACCGUCCGCAGAACCAAGAAUAUUCCAGACUUCCUCAACGUUAAGCCCCCGCAAACAGACGCAGCCAAUUUUAAAGUGAAAAAGAAAGAUGGCUUAUGGAGCGUGACCUGGUCCAAACCCAAAGUCCACGAAACUCUCGACCUCUGCUAUGAACUGCGCCUGCGGGAUAAUGGAACACAGGCUGAAACAUAUUUCAAUUUUACUCAAGCUGAUUUCAGUGCAGAAUUCACCCCGUCCUCCCUGAGACCUGAUACUACAUUCAUGGUUCAGGUCAGAUCACUGCCGUGCGAGAUCUUUGAAGGGCAACCUUCAGACUGGUCAGAUCCUGUGUUCUUCAAAAACGAUCCAGCUUCCCGUAUCUUCACCAUCAUUUACUGCUUGAUCGGCGUUGUUAUAGCUGUGGUUUUCUUAAUCCUGUAUAACGCUUUUCCAGCCUGCCACAGGAGGGUAGAGCGGUGGGAGGUGUCUAUUCCCUCUCCUUUUAAAAGUCGAGUCCUGGAGGAAAUGAGCAGUAGGAGGUCUCCUGCUGGCUGGGGUUAUGUCUGCAGUGAGAAUGAGAAAACCUCUGUGUGCAUCAUGCAGCCUUCAGACAACCCCACCAUUUACAAGGGCAGCAUCUCUGAGUGCCCUCUUUUGCCAUACAUGGAAGACAGCCUGAUCAAAACAGGUUGGAUGUCCACUCCGGACCACUCGGCCCCCUACACCGAGGGCAGCGGAAUGUCAGUCAGCUCUGUGCUGAGCUUCUCUGGGCCUUACAUUUUCUGCCGCCAAGAUUCUUCGCAAACCGAAAUUCUGGAAGCGUCAUCCUUCUACUCGGACUCGACUGACUGCACGUCUAUUGAUGAGAAUCCCAAAGACUCUCCUCCUGUAAAUGGGGGAUAUGUUUCAUCCCCUCCCACUGCAAUGCCUUCUGCAGGAGACUCCGCCCCACCGGAUUACCCGGCGAAUGAGAGCACGAACCCCGGCCCAUCACAGCUCCCAGAACACGAUCCCCCGGCAUACACCCCUAACCCUACCGCAGUGCCCGGGGCAAUCUUCACUCACCCCUCAGGAUACUGUAUGAUGCCCAAUAUUGAAGCAGAUGUUGCUGCGCGGGUGCAAACAUCUGCCCCACCACCAGGGGGCGAUACAAAGAGUCAAUCAAAUGAUGCAGGAGAGGAUGAUCAACGUGCACGUGGAUAUGUGACGCUUUCUGAGCCUAAAACCUGAGAGCGUUUUGUUAUGCAGCCCUAAUCGAGUCACACAAACAACAUGCAUUUAGAUGGACAUGAAACAAACAAAGCUUUUCUUCACAAACAAAGACACUCAUUACCGUAAGACAAAGGAAGCAGAAGUUUCAGCAUUAUUUUGGCUUUCAGACUCCCUGAUGUAGCCAUCAUUAACUUGGUGCACUCGGGGGCGCCGAGUGGUCCAGCGGACUAAAGCGCUGCCACUAUGAGCGGGAGGUCGCAAAUUUGAACCCCCGCUCAUGCAGCUUUGCCAUCAAGCUGCCGGCGCUCAGAGGGAGCACAAUUGGCCCUGCUCCCUCCGGGUAGAUGGCGCUCUCUCCCCACAUCACUAAACGGUGAUGUCCGCAGCACAGGGCGUCUAUGAGCUGAUGUAUCGGAAACGAGUCGCUGCGUUUUCCUCCAAACGCGCUGUGAUGCUACUCUGCAAUGCUGCAUCAGCAGCAGCUUGAAAAGAAGUAGUGGCUGGCUUCACAUGUAUCAGAGGAGGCAUGUGCUAGUCUUCACCCUCCUGGUGUGUUGGGGCAUCAGUAGUGAUAGGGGGAGUUCUAAUGAGUGGGUUGGGUAAUUGGCUGUGCAAAAUUGGGGAGAAAAUGGGAAAAAUUUGAAAUAAAAUUAUAAAAAAAAAAACUUGGUGCACUCUUUGUCAGCUUGGCCGACAGCAUUGACAGCAUUGUUCUGAAUCUGGAUUGUAUCCUGGUGAAAUAUUAACCACAUGCAUUUACACUUGGUAAUCAAGCGCAUCUCCAUUCAGUUGAACUCAAAUCCAAUUUCUCUGUAGGGUGGAAUAUGCAAAUUUGCUCAUUAUGUGGCAAACAUUUGCUUCCUGUGCUGUGCUAAAGGUGGUCACUGCCUC